CUAGAAUCGACCGAAAACGUUUGCUUUGAAAUAUUUCGCUUUGCUUCACUUGAAACAAGUCUGCCUUCCAGAGGAGCCGCCACCGUUAUGGGCUCAAUCCUCUGCCCUCUAUGACAAUACGACUACGCCGCGUGACAGCGGGCACAACAAGCCAAAUUUCUUAUCGACGGGUCGACUCUCCGCCUUCCAUUUGGUGCUGACACAUCAUGCACAGCCAAUUGCCGGGCAUAUUUAAUGGAUAACUGGUCAAAUAAGGUAUGCCUUUUGGGACUGUGAUUCGUGAGAGAAACAGUGGGCAAAUCCACGUUUGUAGGAAAAACGAGAUGCGGCUGCGCCCUCGGUGUUUUGAGGUUUAUUCAUGCAAUUUUAUUUUUCAAUACUGGUAAACGUUAGGCGGUGGUGAAACAAAUGGGUCGAGCACCAGCGCAGCUUUCUGCACAGGUUGUGUAACAUCCGUGGAGUCAGGCUCUUCCAACCUGGUGCUAGUGGUUGGUAUCCUGUAUUGUACGCUUGUAGCUUUUGCACGAACGCUACGACCGCCUAGCAACGUCGAGCGUUCUCUCUGCGAUAGUCGAUCUUUGGCACGCGGCGUGCUGAAGAAAUUCGCCAGUCGACAUGUUGCCAACAAGGCCCAAUCUCCGCCCAAACUGUAUGCUGUCCUGGAUGAUUUUGGUCGUCACAUUCUGUACUCUCGCUCACAUUUUCAACUUCUUUGCGCCGGUGACGACGCCGGCGUCACAGACGGGACGGCCGCCACCGCGGUCCCGCCAGCGCAAGGAAUCGGCGCCGACACCGAUUCAGCCAGUCACCAGCAAAGUUCGUCCCUCGGACUCCCAAAACAUUCUCGUCAUCUUCACCGGGCGGUGGGCCUACCUUCGAAUCAACUUCGCUUACAUCUAUCGCAGUCUGCGGAAAAACGGCGGCAUUCUGGACCAGGUGCACUACAUAAUGGUCCAGUACAACAACCGCACACUCUCUAAACUGACCCGGUUGGCCGACAGUGCCAACAAGCACCUAGGCCAGGAGGUGUUUCGGUUCCGAUAUCGCAACCCUAACAAGGACACGAGAGCUCGCCCAAAAGGCAUCUUUGCUGAGAUCACGUACGAGAUUUUCAACGAAAUGGCGAAAUAUCCGAAAAGGAAGUACCUCAAACUCGACGACGACAUCGUGUACGUCCAUCCUGGUGCCUUUGAGCAGUUGCUUCAGCAGCAGAACACCACCGAGUGCUUCGUCCACUUCGGCAACAUCGGUGGGGCUAACUGGCGAAGCAGCUUCAUCCACCAGGAGAUGGGCAUCUAUAACAACCCGGCCAUUAACCCCAAGAAACUCAAGUUCGGCUUCGAUAAAGGUGGUCAUCCGAAGUGCGGUUGGAAAUCGGCGGAAUGCGCCGAGCUGGCUCUGCGGGCGUUCCUCUUCCAUCAUGGCAACAAAUCACUGGAGAAAUAUCUCUUCGGCGGACGGUACCUGACCCAGGAGAGAGCUCGCUACAGCAUCAACUUCCUGCUGAUGGAUGUGAACAUCAUUGACCUCAAAGCCAUGAUGGAGACUGGACCNAUUGGCAACGAUGACGAGGCUUGGUUGACGGUCAAAUACUCCAGGAAAGUCAAGAACCCAAACUGUGUCGUUGGACACGCCUUUGUCGUGCAUUUCUCCUACUUUACCACUGAGGCUGCCAUUAAAAAACGAGACUUUCUGAAAAAGUUCGAGACCAUCGCUUACGAGGACCUCGUUAAGUUUCUGCCACAAGAGUUCCAAACCAUUCUUGCUUUCAACACAACAAACAAGGCAUAAACAUUCGGCAAAUCUGUUCUAACUUAUUAAUUUAUUUGUGUUUCGAGUCAUUACGUGUUAUAGAAAGAUUCCCUUUUUAUUUGCUUGUUUUGUUUUGAAGAGUGGUGCAAUUUUCGGGCUUCGACUAAAGAAAAGACAGCAUUGACAGAGACUCCACUUUGAUUUGUCAAAGAUUUAUGUCGUGGCUGUCUUUGCUAGUGAGUCCAGACUCCUUUUGAUGGGGGAUACAAUUCCAAAUUUGGUAAUUGCGUCUCCCCCCCCUCAAAAAGUCUGGACUCACCACAGCCACGUCAUUCAACACAGACUUAUUGGUAUCAGUGAAAAUGUUGAUAAAAAUCACUUUAAAUGUUCUUGAGGAGAAUUUGGAAACAGUAACUCUCAUCCUUAAAUAAAAGAGUCGUGAAGGAGUUGUCAAACAUCCCAAUGGGGGAGUUCCACCUCUCUAAUAUCGGCAACGCAAUGACAAAUGUCACUGGAACUCAACAUGGAUAAUUCCAUGUUUCAUAUAAUAUGGAGAGUUUUGAAACCAUUCACGUAAACAUUUCUUCUCAGAAUUUCGUUUUUAUCACUGCGUAUGAUGUCAGUGAAAAACUGUCGUGAGAGAUCUGAAAUUUAGCGGGAACUGUAUACGUCCACAUUUUGACAAAAAUUUGCGUCAAGGCCCUCACAAUUAACACAAACUCCAAUGAGAUCCAGUGCAAGAGGAAAUGAAUGGAUGUGCGCACGUUCCGCUCCGACACUCGCUUUUCAUAAACAUGGAACUGAACUGAAUUGAUUACAGAAAAAUAUGAAAGGGCUGCGUUGCACCGUGAUCAGAAUAUAGACAAAAACAUAUUAUAUAACUAGUGCUCUGAAUUAUGUAAUUGUCGAGCUUUCGGUAACUGGGUACCUUCGUCAAGGCAAGCAGAUUCAGUUUACUGAACCGAUGUUAUGUGAACAUUAGUUCACAAGUUACAGCUUGCUUAAAGUUAAGUUGUUUAAGCUGCUUGCUUAAGCUGAAACUAACGCACGCCUGCGCGACAUGCGUGCCUGUGUCACUACAGUCACCCAUACGGCUGCAGUUAGUACAUAACCCAAAGCGGAUCUACUGUCUGUUACUUCGAAUUCGACCUUGCGCCUUUUUAAAUGGAUGACCACUGUACCGUAAAAAGGACAGAAAAGACAAGAAACAAAAAACACAAGCAGACAACACUGAAUCUGCUUGCCCUGGCGAAGGUACCCAGUUACCGAAAUCUCGGCAAUUACCAGUACAUAAGUCAGAACACUGAUUAUAUAUUAUAUUUUUGAUUUAAUGCUAGAUGCGUUUUUGGGUAGCCAAAUGAAAAAGGUACAACCAAGGUCUAUAGAUACAUGUAUGUUUCAAGGGUGAUUUGUAUUGUAUAGUUUGGUCACUCGGUCAAGGAGAAACAACAAACAAAGUGAAGAUUUUUUUAUUCGAACGGGCGAGGUCAUGAAUGUUCUGAGUCGUUUCUCAGACUUAAGCCACGUCCCUCCCCCACAACUGUUCAUUGUGCCAGAAAAGCAAAACACUUUUCAUAAUUUUAGUAAUACAUGUAAAUGUUUUGAACUGUGAGAUGAAUUCGAUCCAUUGUCCAGCGUUGGCUAAAACUAAUGGUGCAACUCUGCGACCGGGUACAAUCUCGAAAUGCCAAGAAAUGAAGAACUCACUCUCAAAAAGUGCGAGUCCCUCAUAGGCCACUCCAAAGAGCAAAAACCAUUCUAAAAAAGUGUAGAAACCACUCUAAAAGAGUGAAGUUUCCACUCUUUUUAGUGUUAUUACGAGGGACAACUCGGAAAAGAGAUUUCCUUUAUUACAGCUCUUCUUUUUGAGUGUUUCUUGCCACUAUUUCGGAGUGGUUUCACUAAUUUAGAGUCGUUUUCUUUCUUUUGGAUUGGAGUUGUACGGGACUCUUUUUACCUUAAAAGAGUCAACAGUACUUUUCUCAGAUCUGAAGCUUUUCAUGGUGAAAGUGACAUGAGCAAUGGAUUAUCGGGUACACCAUGGAAUCAAUCUCUUUUGGGCGAGGUGUGGUUCUUAAAAGACGUUUCGGCCGGGGCACACUGGCUGGAACGUCGAGUUAAGACUCACCAGUUCUUUUAAGAACCACACUUUGCCUAAAAGAGAUUGAUUCCACGGUGUACCUGCAAAGCCAUUUCUCACUUUUUUUUUGCAUUCACAUGCACGAUGCGUACAUAUCAAGCUACACCCAGGGAUGUGUAGUCGGCACCUUCAGACAGAAUGUCUAAAAUCCGUGUACUUAUUAAAACUGUUAAUACGCGAUUGUUAUGAGAGGUGUGUGGAAUGCGGCAGCCAGCGUGGGAACAUGGAAACGGCCAGCGGACAGCGAAAAUGAGCAUAUCAACACGGACCAGGCACAACCGCCGGCUGUUUAGCCCAGUGACCAUUUCGAUACGACAGAUUUACUCAGAGUGCCGCAUGUUUUGAGUUUGAACCUUAUUUUUCAUCUUACAGGUGAUGGAGUUUCUAAAAUUUUCCUUCAAAUUUUGUGGAGGUUUUGACUUUAAAAUGGGAUCUAGAAUGGUGUGAUUAGAUUACGGUUACGUCUUCUGUUAUUUGAAUUAGACAACGUCAUGCUGCUUGAAGGAACUUGAAAACUGACAGAAUAUGAUAAAUGAUCGGAUUUCAGAGUAAGAUGUUCUAUUUGCCUCGGCGUUUGGUGAGCUUUGGGAGUUUUUGAUGACGUCACAAAAUCCAUUGGGAAACUUAUCGUUCACGCACUUAGCUUUACUCGUGCAGGGCCUAUUUAACAUGAAUAGGUCCGGAUU